UUCUUUUAGUACAUUCAACUAUUUUACACAAUCUGCCUGAAGUCCCUCAUUAUGAAGAAUGCAAAAAUUAAAGGCCUCCUGCAGGUCUUUGCUCGUAUUCUUCAGAGCCUCCUGACCGCCAGCUAUCUCGGAGCCUACAGGUACUACACUCUCGAACCAAUCGAAAAAAUCGAACAUUACCAAGAAGAGAUAUUAAGGGGAAAGCUAAUCAAAGCAUUGGCUGACUUUCGUCACAUCAAGGACGAAGAGUUAUCAUUCGUGGCGAAAGCAGCUGCCUUAUCUGCAGCAGCGGUCAUCGGUGUCUUUUCGUGGCCUACCACGGAGAAGACAGUGUGGGCCGCUAAAAUGCUCUGGAACUGGAGUUUUUUUAUGUCUACCUUCUCGCUCGUCGGUUCGGCUCCCACACGGUUACUCCGGCACCUGCCAGAUGAAGACGGCACGGAAUACAAUGAGCACAAAAUUCAGAUGGCCCUGAAUUUGUUUUUGCAGUCUCAAGCUCAGCGCCCUAGUUCAAGUGGUAAAAUGGAACGUCGUCAAAUAAGUAGGAGAAUGCUCUGGGUUUGGCAGUGUCCGGCCAUGCUCAUGAGCUAUUCCUGGGUCUUCUGUAAGCAAGAAGGGGGUACAAAUUCUGGAUAAGCUAAAUACACAUGUUCGAGGUGUUCGGACAGACUUAGUUGAUCAGGCUUGCUACCUUCCCCCCUAACUUCCUUUCUACCUCUUCCUAGAAGGACUUUUGCUGAUCUCGUACCCCCGCCUUAUAGUUCUUGUCGGAUAUGCGCUGCACGUGUUGUCUCCAGUCUUUGAUCCGUCGCAAGCCAAGGUUUCGUCGCAGGUUG